AGUAACAGCUUUCCAUAUCAGGAAGACUGUGAGACAUUACAGUGUAAGCACGCAGCAAACUAAACAUUCACUUUCCCACGAAAUUGGUAGGAACUGAUGAACUGGAUUGUUUUCGAAGGAGAAGAAGAACAAAUCGUUUCAGCAUGGAGUUAAAGAGGCCAGUUCGCGAUAGGAUAUCCUUGGUCCUUCUUAUUUUGGGGAAUAUUACAACAGCUCUCUCUGGCCAAACUCUUGACUGUACCAACGACUAUGAGUCACUAGUGUUUUGCCACUUUGAAGCGCAAAACUGCUCUGAAUACAAGUUGACUUUCCGGAGCAACAACGGAUACGGGGAGAAGCACAGCAAUUUUAAACCAUGUGACACUGCACAGUGUUGCUCUGUCCACCAAGAAGAGAUACUUGUUGUAGGAGAGUCUUUUACAGCCACAGUUUGGAAAGGAGGCAAUCACAUAGAGUCCAAAAUCAUCAACGUCACAGACAGCAUAAAGCCCAAAACCCCAACAAUUGUCUCAGUGAACGAAUCAAAUGGGAAUUUUCAUGUCAAGUGGAAGCAGAACGUGAAGGAAAGUUUAAGAGAUAACUUGGCUGCUAAUGUGACUUACCAUAAAAAAGGAGACGCAAAAAAGGUGUAUGCUGUUGUCAAACCAACUACUCUCGACGAAUUUAGUCACUAUGAAAUACUUGGUCGUAACUUGAAGCCAAAUACAACAUAUGCAGUCAGCGUGAAAAGCUACCUAGACUUGAGCGGAAAGUUCAGUGACAGUAGUGAAGAGUGGGAAUUCACAACCCGUGUUCCUGAUUUCUGAUUGAGGGUGGCCCUGCCCCUGUAUAUAAGAGAGGCUGGGAGAAUGGCCCUGGGAGACUGAAGCGGCUCUGAUCACCGUUGUCUUCUGUUAUCUACUUUUGCUUUUUUUGUGUUUUGUCAUAUGUUUAAUAUGACAAGUGAGAUAUGAAUAUGUGAGCUGACUAAGGUCAUUUGUUUUUCCCAUAGUUCAUAGGAAAUAUGAAUGUUGUAUAAUACAAUAUAAAUUGUUGUAUAAAGCUUAUAGGAACACACUGUCUGAAAUCAUGUCUAACCAUCCAGUCUAUAGUAUUAGUAAGACUUCAGUGAAAUAUGAGUUAACAGAAGAGUCAUUACUAUUAAUUGUAUAGAUUAUUUCAAUCUCUCUCUGAGCUUGAUUUAAACAAGGGAGUCAUCACAAGAAAAAUUGCUUUUUAAGGAAAAUUACAUCUGAACUGACUAAACCAAGCGUCUGCAACAAGUCAGCGGUCAUAAUGAGCUGCUUCAAUUCAGGAUUGUGAAAUUGUUUCCUCAUAGCUCUUCUCUGGAACUGCCGAGACACUUCCACAGAAACACACGCCACUUUGAACUCAACGGAACUCAUUUCACUAUAUGCAAAAUAAAUGGCGGUAUUCUGGGAAUUUAUUUGCUAGAAAAUAGUUCAAAUAAAGUUGUUUAUUUCUUGA